AUGGGCGCGCCGGUCGCGAUGCACGAGUACAUCAUGACCGCGCCGGACGACUGGCCGCUCGACUACAGCGACGAAUUCUGCGACGUCGUGGUCUUGGACCCUACGUGGUCGAACCUGAACAGAAACGCGCAUUUGGGCGACAAGUACCCGUCCAGCGUCGUCUGCGGGUUUCACGCCAGGCUCAAGACACAGCGGUCCGGAGACACAGCGGUCCGCUUCGCGGACGACGUCAACCGGCGCGUGCUCCCGGAGGACGCUUCGCAGGUCGACCGGGCCCACGCCGACGCCGUCACGGAGCAGGCGCGCGAGGCGAAGCGCGGCCCCAUCAUCAGAGAGCUCGCGGCGCGCGGCCUCAAGGACCUGUCCGCCGCGGAGCUGCGCGAGCACCUCAAGACGCUCGGCGCCGAGCCCUCGAACCUUCUAGGGAUGAACUACCGCGGCGUGAUCCCCAGCGACAAUGUCCCCGCCACGCGCCCCGCCACCACCCUGCGGAACAUCGGGACCUUCCGGAGGCCGUGGACGGCGUUGCUCACGCGCGCCUACGCGCCCGGCUGCUACGUCUUCAUCGGCCGGAUCCCGAACGAGCCGUCCGUCUCGCCGCUGCCGGACGCGAGCCGCGACCUGCCCGCCGCGGCGUGGAAAUGUACCACAAAGCAAGAUCGCACGCUGCCGGGCUUCACGAAGAGGAUCGCGGUGUCCGUCUACCCGCUCGAGGCCGGCGGCGAGCCCUACGCGAUGCGCGCGACGGUCCUGUUCAGGGAUCAGAGUACGGCGCUCGCGUGCUGGAACGAGGGCAAGUCGCUCGUCCAGGUGAUCUUCGUCCAACCAACCGCGAGCCGCUAUUUGAAGUCGCAGGCAGAGCUCGAGCCGGCCGAGCCCGUCCAGAUGGACAGCGGCCUGAAGAAGAAGCUCGCGGCCUGGAAGAUCAAGUACUCUUGGAUGAUCUCCGACGAGGCGACGGGCGCGAUGAAGUGCAGCGCGUGCAUCGCCGACGGCGGCGUGAAGGGCAACGCGGCGAAGACGUGGUGCGAGCAGGGCUGCUGCCGGUGGACGGAACAGUCCCUGAGCAACCACGAGGGCUCGCGGGCCCACGCCGACGUGCUGGAGCGUGCGGCGGCGGCGGCCGAGGGCGACGACUCCUAA